AUGAAUCAGAGUAUUGCUACACCACCAGCUUCUGAACCUUCAUCUCAGAAUUGCAGGCACGCCGCGGGGACCGUCACUCGCACAUGGACAAGACGUACUGUGCAGACUCGUUCCCACCGAACCGUCACCCGCACAAAGACGACGGUCGAUGCCACAGAGACCAAAACUGUCAGUGAGAAGACCCGCAAAGUCGACUCUGACAUCACGCAGGCAAUAACUGGCCCAUCGAACAUUCCCGCUGUCUUGAACACUGACAUUACAAUACCGAGUCUCACCCAAGAUUUUCCGCGGGAUAACUCUCCCUCCCCAACCGACUCGACAUUCACACAAACACCUCCUACCACUCCAAGUUCAUCAAGUUCAUCGAUUUCAUCAGCGCGAUCGAGUGAUGUGCUAUGGGAUCAGCUUGAGGAUUUAUCAGAAUAUAUGAAUGCUGUUAGUUUAGGUUGA